UAGAACACUAUAGUCUGUGUCUGCUGCUGAUAAGGAUGGACAACGGGCAAAUUGAUUUUACCCAACAACUCUAAAACAUAGAAUUGUUCGAUUUCAUAAUGCAUUACAUUUGCUCGCGAGACACAGAUACUGUAUACCGGUGGCAAAUAAGAUCAGGAUACAAGGUUAGCUAAUUAUUGUUUCUACAGGGAAGGUCAUCAGCAAGUCGUCUGUUCACAACCUCGCACUAACAUCGGGCCAUAUUUCGUACAUGACUGCUGUAUCCAAUUAAAAUUUGAGUAACUACAAUUGGUCCAGCUCUAUUUCUACUUCAGGUUUUAGGGAAAAAAAAAAAAAUCUUUUCCUACCAUUUCCUGUUCACAGCCUUUCCCUCUAUUAAAAUAAUCUUUCAUCUGAUUUUUUUUUUAUGGAACAUUCACAUUUAAAAAAUCAAUCCUCAGCGUUAGAAGGAAGCACAACUCGUAGCAACAAUUUAUCCAAUACAGAUGAUGAAGUUAUAUACAGAGAAAAUGGCCAAUCUUCAAAUACACCCACCUGGAAACGACUGCUCCCCAGAGUUACAGCAUUUAUCUUUAUUGGCGUCAUGUCACUUAUUUUUUCAGUCUCUCUAGCAGAUGCCAUCCUUGAUAUAAAAUUACCUAGAACCUUGGAAAGUGUCCAAGAAACAGCUAUUCAACUCGAGCAACGCAUCAACAAUAGCUGGAACGGUUACGGCUCAGUCACAUUUGUAUUCUCUAUACUUUACCUUUGGCAACAAGCAUUUUCUAUACCCGGGUCAGUUUUACUGAACUUGUUAGCGGGUUAUCUGUAUGGCAUCACAAUGGGAACUGUAUGGACCAGUUUAUUGACAGCUGCAGGUGCUACUUUGGCUUACGGUCUCGCCAUGUUAGUAGGUGAACCUCUUAUGCAACUUUCUUGGUUUGCUCGAAAAGCCGAACCUUUAAACCGUCAACUUGAGGAGGAAAAGCAAAAUGGGGGCCUUUUUUGGUGGCUAUUGUUUGCUCGUCUGUUCCCUUUUUCACCAUACUGGUUUAUCAAUCUCAUUUCACCUUUGCUUGAUAUCCCUGUCUCUCCCUUUUUCUGGUCUACAUUCUUAGGUUCUAUGCCUUAUAACUUUGUUUGUGCACAAGCUGGUGACGUUCUGGGCGAUUUGACUUCAACUUCUGAUAUAGUUUCUGUGUCACUCAUGAUGAAACUGCUGAUUGUGUCGUUCAUUUCGUUAGUACCCGUGAUCUGGGGUAAACAGAUUCAACAAUGGACCCGUAAGAUAGUGGGACUUCCUCCCAUUUUAAACAUAGAUCCUGAAAAACAAAUGAAUAGCAGCUCUUCAGAAUUAGAAUUGACAGCAAAUGGUUACUCAAGAGUAAAUACCGAAAUUGUUUGAAGUUGUUAAUAACGAGUGCAUUUGCUUUUCAUCAGUAUAUAUUGUAUAUAGUACAAUUUUAGUCCUUAUUACUACGCUGUCUCAUCUCUCACAUAUCCCCCGAUUAUACCAACCUUAUUUGUUAUCUGCAUUCAGUACGUCCUUAAUCUAUAAUAAUAUCAUUAAUAGCGCCUAAAAUAAACCAAUUGAUUAUUUUAUUUUUAUUUUUUUUUUUAUUUUUUUUUUUUAUGACUU